CCGAUAAGGCGGAGGUAAAACUGCGACCGCAUGUUAAAACACACAAGACAGUGGAAGGGGCGCUUCUCCAGUGUGGGGGUAGUCCUGGGCCUAUCGUUGUGUCGACACUGAUGGAGGCCGAGUUCUUCGCAGAUCAUAAGUUCACGGACAUUACCUAUGCCGUGCCCAUUGCAGCGUUCCGAUUGGCCCGCGCUUCGAAACUGACCGCACGAAUUAGUCUCAAGAUUCUACUGGAUCAUCCCGACCAGUUGGCAGCCAUCGAACUCUACUCGUCUGCUAAUGGUAUAUAA